ACACACACACACACACUUCCGGACACGACUAUGCCAGUCCAGUCCAGCCUUGUGAGCGAGUGUGUGUGAGUUUUUGAGGCAGCAGGCGCAGAUCCUCCGCCAUUCACACACACACUGAAGGACUAAACGCGGAUCUCCAAACUUCAUUCAGCUUUAGCACCGACGGGCUCCGGUUUCCGCGCUCAGCGGAGGAUUUCACGCUCCCGGUCUGAAACACAAAAGCGUCCCGUGGGAAAAUCACGACAUGGAUGAAGCACUCCUGCGAGCUGUGCUCCUGUUUAUCGCGCUCGCUCUCAGUGAGGGUCGCGUGGUGAAUGUGCCGGCCGGUCCUCUGGUCCAUGUGGAGGGUCAGCCUGUCUCCAUCCGCUGUGACGUCUCCAACUAUGAGGGGCCGCGAGAUCAGGAUUUUGAGUGGUAUCUGAUGAUGGCUGACAAAAUGCUGCCGCUGGUCUCCACCUUUGACGGAUCUUUUACCGAUGCAUCCAUGAAGGACCGGGUCAACAGUCGAGACAUCAGUUUCGUGAAGCUGAACGACGCAGCGGUGGAGCUGAAGUUCAAGAGCGUUCGGGCCACAGACAGCGGUGUGUAUCGCUGCAGCACGCCCAGCACCGACUCCGUCAUCAGCGGGAACUACAACGCAGACGUGGAGCUCAAAGUGAUCGGGGACAGUCUGAAAGUGUCUCCGCUGAUCCCCAAGGCAGCGGUGUCUGCAGGAGAGUCAGUGGAGCUCCAGUGCAACACCACCCGCAGCUUCACUGAGCACACCUUCCUCUCCGUCAGCUGGUCUGUCGGGAGAGCCAACAGCAGCGGGGUUCUGGAGCAGAUCCUCACCUUCGGUCCUGACGACAAGAUCCAGACUGGCAGCAACUACACGCAGCGGUACGCAGACGGAGGCCUGCAGCUGGACCUGCGGGGAGGGGGCUUCUACGGGCUGGUGCUAAAGGCGACGACGCCAGCCGACCGCGGGAAGUACGUGUGUACGGCACAGGAGUGGGUGAGGCAAGGCCGCACCUGGAGGAAGAUCCUGGAGAGAUCUGAAGACAUGGGGAAGGUGGAGGUGACGGCCACAGAUCUGCAGUAUACAGUGAGUCUGGCUGUGUCUGUGAGUCCUCAGUCUGCCGGUGAGCCCACAGAGCUGCGCUGUCAGGUUCAGCAGCUCCUUUACCUGCAGAACGGGCGUCUGGGUGUCUCCUGGGUUUAUUCCACCCGCGGUGGAGCAGCAGAGGUGCAGGCGGAGGUCAUGGUGGCAACGCUGGACCAGCAGGGUGCUCUGACCGCAGGAGCGCAGUAUCAGCAGAGAUUGGAUCGCGGAGACAUCGCUCUGACCAGAACACCAGACAACACCUUCAUCCUGCGGAUCCUGCAGACUGCAGACGCCGACAUGGGCUGGUACUCCUGCAGGGUCACUGCCUGGACACCAGACCGGAAGGGCGUAUGGACAAACUCCAAAGAGGUGCAGUCCAGUCCUGUGGCCGUUCAGUGGACACCCAAGACACCAGUUUUGUCAGUCGCAGCCCACCGUGUGAGGGAAGCAUCCAGCGCUGGAUCCACCUUUGAGAUGACCUGUCAGGUGAGCGGACAGAAUCUGCAGGACUCCAGCUACUCGGUGUUGAUCCGCUUUGAGGAGUCUGGCGCCGGGGGCAAAUCACGGAAAGUGCUGUCUCUGAGCCCGGACUCAGUGCUGCAGCUGGAGGAGUGGAGCGAGCCCGGACGCAUCGACAGCGUGGUUCUGGAGAAGAGCGGACCGGCUGAGUACCGCUUCCGACUGUACGGAGCCCAGGUCAGCGACAGAGGGUUUUACUGCUGUGAUGUCACCGCCUGGACACGACACCAGAGCCAGGACUGGACCAAAAUCAUCAGCGCAGAGUCCAACAAGAUCCAGGUCGACUUUGUGCACACAGGUCCAGUUUUCAACAUAUCCAUUCAGUCAGACGCAAAUGAUGUUUUACUGGGAGACACAGUCCAGAUGAAGUGCUCCGUCUCCAUCCUCAACGCCUCUCCAAACACCGGUGAUGUGGCGUUCGAGGUGCGCUGGUUUCAGAGCUCUAUGCGUCCACCGGAUAACGGUGUGGUUCCGCUGAUCAGCAUGGACCGAUAUGGUGUGGUGAAGAAGAGCGGCUCUAAUCACAGCAGUCUGGAGCGCACAGACCAGUACAGCUUCACCCUCAGCCUGCACAGCAUCCAGCACACAGAUGUGGGCGAGUAUUACUGCAGCGCUACGCCCUGGCUGCUGUCGCCCGCCACUGGAGCCUGGAGCAAAGAGAGCGAGCUGAGCUCAGGCCGAGUGCUGCUCUCCGUCAGGACACAGAUGUGGGAGUCUCUGAAGAUGCCGGUGGGCUACGGUUUGAUCGCGGCGCUUGUGGCGGGUCUGCUGUCGAUUCUGCUGGGUCUGGCCGUGGCCCGCUGCUGUUUCUCCAGAAACCCCCUGCACACGCCGCGGCCCCACAACAAACUGAGGGACCUGGAGAUGGACUGAACACACUCCAACACUAAGCAGAGGACCUGAUUGAAAGCACUGAGCCGCAACAAUCUCAGGAAAACCCCCGCACUGACGGCCGUCUGAUAUUUUAGUGAUUUAUUAAUGAUGUGAUCUGAGCGCCGUGGAGGAGGAGGACUGCACUUUGGCCCAUGCAGCAGAGUUUGAACUCUUGCUUAUUUUACUGUAGUACUGGAUAGGAUGGAGUCUGCCCAAAGAGACGGCAGUUUUAGACUGAUCUCUGAGAGCGCCGGAGGAUUGACUGUCUGUCAGAGACUCUGUCAGGUUCAGGACCCCAGAAUCGGCCCCUGGAGGAGGACUGAGCUGAGCUGAGCUGGCAGUGUGUGCUGGACAUACUGAAAACUCUUAACUCUGCAAACCUCCAGCUUUUAUACUCACACACACACACACACACACACACACACUGCGGAAAAUUCCUUUCUUUUUUAGAGUUUUUGUCUUGUUUUUAGUCUAAAUGUCUAACAAUUCUUAAAUCAAGACGCAUUUUUUAGACGAGCACAACAAAUAGAUUUAUUUUCAGAAAAAAACAAGUCAAAAUGAAGAGUUUCUCCUUAAAACAAGCACAAUAAUCAGAUAAUUUGAUAAGAAAUACACUCUUGUUUUUGCUUUGACAUGAGAUUUUUUUUCUUCCAGCCAUUGUCAGAUAUUUUAUUAUUUUAUUUUGCUUGUUUUAAGGAAAAUCUCACUUAAUUUUGACUCAUUUCUGAAAACAAGCAACUGCCAAAAAAAAGCUUCCCUCACUCAGCUUUUGUCUUGUUUUUAGCUUAAAUAUCUCAACAUUCUAAAGAGUGAGAAUUAAGCAAGAGUUGAACCGUGGUUUCACCACAUCAUUACAUCAACAUCCACAUCAGAAAUAUCGCAAAGAGAAAACUAGUGACACAAAUACAUUUAAUAUCUAGUGGGCUAAAUGUAAAAUAAACCUGUUUUAGGAUCAUUUCACUCACCCUAUCGGCUGAUUUGCUUGUGUUUAAGGUAAAACUCACUUGAUCUUGACUCAAAAGCUUUUCCCACUGAGUUUCUAAUCCAAACAUCUAAAGAUUCUUGAAUCACAAAGAUUUUUUCGUCCAGUACAUUAGUGUGCUGUUUUCUGAAAAACAGAGUCAGAAUUAAGCAAGAUUUGAGUUUCUUUACUAUCCACAAGUGCAAAUGCAUCUUUGAUUUCACCACAUCAUUGCAUGAACAUUAGAAAUAUCACAAAGAGAAAACUAGUAACACAAAUACAUUUAAUAUCCUCAAUAAAACAAUCAAAAUGAUCUGCCGGUGGGCUAAAUGUAAAAUAAACCUGUUUUAGGUUAUUUCACUCCCCCCAUUUGCUUGUGUUUAAGGUAAAACUCCUGUAAUCUUGACUCGUUAUUGCUGAAAACAAGAAACCACAGAAAAAAAAAACACUUUUCCCACUGAGUUUCUGAUCCAAACAUCUAAAGAUUCUAGAAUAAUGAAGUGUUUUUCAUCAAGUACAUCAGUGUGCUGUUUUCUGAAAAACAGAGUCAGAAUUAAGCAAGAUUUGAGUUUCUUUAUUAUCCACAAGUGCAAAUGCAUCUUUGAUUUGACCACAUCAUUACAUCGACAUGCACAUCAGAAAUAUCACAAAGAGAAACAUUAGUAACACAAACACAUUCAAUAUCCUCAAUAAAACACAGAAAAUAAACUGCUGGUGGGCUAAAUGUACAAUAAACCUGGUUUUAGAUUUUCACUCACCCGUUUUUAAGGUAAAAGCGUUUCCCACUUAGUUUCUAAUCCAAACAUCUUACAAUGAAGUACAUCUGUGUGCUGCUUUCUGAAAAACAAAGUUAAGCUAGAUUUAACUUUGAGUUUCUUUAUUAUCCACAAGUGGAAAUGCAUCUUUGAUUUCACCACAUCAUUACAUCAACAUCAGAAAUAUCACAAAGAGAAAACUAGUGACACAAACACAUUUAAUAUCCUCAGUAAAACACACACAAUCAUCUGCCGGUGGGCUAAAUGUACAAUAAACCUCACCCCAUUGGCUGAUUUGCUUGUGUUUAAGAUAAACUCUCUUAAUCUUGUGUCGUUAUUUUUGGAAGCAGAUCUGUAUUUUGCACUCGUCUAUAAAAUGCUUCUUGAUUGUAAGAUUUUUUAGAUAUUUGUCCUCAAAACAAGACUAAAACUGUAAGAAAGCCAGCUGUGCGCUUCUGUCUGAAUGCGCUGUGGUGUGAUUUGCAGUGCAGAUUCUCUCUCUUAUCCACCAUGUGGUCUGAAAAGUAUUUUAAUGUAGGUUUUGUUUUGGAGAAGGGAAGCAGUUUCAUGAGCGACGUCUGUCUGUCUGUUCAGAGCCACAUUACCAGAGAGAUCCUCAAGGUAUUUCAGUAAGAGAUUUGACCUUUUUAUAUUAAACAUGUUCUUUUAAAGUGA